AUGACGGACGACAACGAUGCCCGACCUCUCCCCAAGGAUCUCUCGCAUCACUUGAGCAGAGCCACGAAAAUGCGCGAACAGAGCACCAUGAAGGCAUUCUACAAGUACUUCCAGAUCCCAGGCAUUGGUCAGUUCGCUGGUGGUCUGCCCAACAACUCCUACUUUCCCUUCGACACACUUGAAGCCAAGGUCGCCCGUCCAGAUCGAUGGCAGCCUACACCUGCGAAACCUAUUGAUCCCCCACCCGCCGAUGAAGCCCUGGCAGCUUUGUCGUUGAACGAUAAGAAGGACGCGAAGCCGCUGAGCGAUGCCAUUGUCGUCCCUCACACUUCUCAACAGAAUAGCCCACUGAAGAAGAUCGAUUUGGAUACUGCUCUUCAGUAUGGCCAAGCGCAGGGCUACCCGCCUUUAUAUUACUUCAUCCGCCAGUUUACACAGGAGCAUAUGCACCCGAAUUGUCCUUACAAGGGUGGUCCUGAGGUGAUACUCACCUGCGGCAACACAGAUGGCUUCUCCAAGGCCUUGAUGGCGUUGACGAACGAAUGGAGUGAAGAGAAGGACUGGAUAAGAGACAAGGAACACCUGUUGGUUGAAGAGUUUGCGUACAUGAAUGCGAUCCAAGGUGCGAGGCCGAGAGGUCUGGGUAUUGUCCCCGUCAAGAUCGAUGACGAGGGUAUGGUUGCCGAUGGCCCAGGUUCGUUGAGGGAUGUUUUGGAGAACUGGGAUUACAAGAGGGGCAAGAGGCCGCAUUUGCUUUAUACGGUGACCAUGGGCCACAACCCAACGUCUGGCGUGCUGUCGUUGCAGCGACGACGGGAUCUCUAUGAAGUCGCAUGUGAAUAUGAUGUUAUCAUUGUUGAGGAUGAUCCGUACUGGUACUUGCAAUUCCCAUCGUCUACCGCGGUCAACACCACGACGACCGCGGAUCCGGCCAAUACAUCGUUCAACCCAGAUGUGGCAAUGUUCGCCAAUGGUGAGCCUCGACCUGAAGGUUGGAAGUCCAGCGGCUACAAGUUCCUCGACAGCUUGGUUCCCAGCUCCGUCAACAUCGACCGAGAGGGUCGUAUCAUCCGUCUCGAUACCUUCUCCAAGACCGUCGCUCCAGGCUGCAGACUCGGCUGGAUCACCGCCCAACCAGGCCUUAUCGAACGCAUCCUCCGCAUCACCGAGACGUCCACCCAGCAACCCUCUGGCUUCGUACAAGCUAUGAUUGCCGAACUCAUUCUUGGACCCGACCACUCCGGCCUCGACAAGAAGACCAAAGACGGUAAGGGCCCACUUCCAGGCGCACAAGGCUGGAAAGCAGACGGCUGGGUCCGCUGGGUCGAAGGUCUCCGUGGGAACUACGAGCGCCGCAUGAACCACAUGUGCCGCAUUCUCGACGCUGGAAAGUACCUCGUCAAGUCUGGCCGGCGUAACAGUCUCGCCGAGGGCUCAGAGGAAGAAGAAUGGUCCGUCGUCGAGAGGACUCAAGUGCUGUCAUUCGACUGGCCCGUCGGCGGCAUGUUCCUCUGGCUGCACAUCCUCUUCGAGAACCACCCGCUCUUCUCCGCCUACAAAAAGACUGCCUGGCGCCUCAGCAAAGCCCUCUGGAUCUUCUGGACGACCGAACCCUACCGCGUGCUCGUCGCUCCGGGCGAGAUGUUCAGCCCCACGGUCGAGAUCCGAGAUGCGCAGGGGUGGAAGUUUUUCAGAUUGUGUUUCGCGGCCAUCGAUGAGGAACAACUAGGUCCUGUGGCGAAGCGGUUGGCCGAGGGCGUGGCGGCUUUCUGGAGGAUCAAGGAGAAGAAGGUUAUCGAGGGGUUGCUGGAGGAGGAUGAUGCUGAGGAGGGGUCGUUGAGGACGAGGGAGGGUGUCGCGCAGUUGGCGAGGGUUAUUGGGCCUUGUUAG